UUGUAAUUGUCAAAAUGACAUAUUCACACUCGAACUGUUCGUAGUUCAUUUACUUUAUAGGAAAGUGCUGUAGGGCAUGAGACUUAGACGAUCAUUAUUGAACAUUCACUUUUCAAUGAACAUUAAUUCCUAUGCAUGAGGAUUUCAAUCGUUACUAUCUAAUGUCAUUGAGGUGCUGGAAUACUCUCGUUUAACUUUUCUGAUUUCAUCAGAAAUACUUGCAAAUAGCUCCAGGCUUAUUGGAGUUUGCAUUUUCUUUAAUGAAUGCUCAACCGUAGUUAAUUGAAUUUUUUUACAUGGUAUUUUGAUCCCUGGGGUCGAUUUUUUCUAGAAAAUACGAUUAUCCCUUGAAUUUUCUCUCCUAUGCGGAUAUCCUUAAAAUUGUUGGGACUCCUUAAAUCAUACAUUUUCGUGAAGGAUGGGAACAUCGGAAUGAAAAGUCAGUAUUUGGGGGUUGUGGAAAAUGGAGGCUGAAAAAGUUUUAAGAUUAAGUUUGGGUCACUAUAUCUAUGGUAAUAUUCUGGUGAAGGAGGAAUGCGUCCAUAUCAGAUUCGGAACUGAGAUUGAGAGUUCUGCAGGGCCGUUUGUCUUUGAAUGGGGUUGCUUAUUUUGUUCAACAGAAAGCUUCUUCUAGACGCAUGGCCAAGCUCGCACUACAAAGCCUUGAAGUGCCCGUGGGCUGUGUGAUUGUUGAAGAUGGGACGGUCAUUGCCACUGGAAGGAACUGUACUACUGAGACCCGAAAUGCUACCAGACACGCAGAGAUGGAAGCUAUCGAUAUCCUAAUUGAGGCAUGGCAGAGGGAUGGAAUUUCUACCACAGAAGUGGCUGAUAAGUUCUCGAAGUGCAAACUUUAUGUUACCUGUGAACCAUGCAUUAUGUGUGCUUCUGCCCUAUCAAUAGUCGGUAUAAAGGAAGUAUAUUAUGGUUGUGCAAAUGACAAAUUUGGUGGAUGUGGAUCUAUAUUGUCACUUCACUUAGGUAGUCAGGAGGCAUCUACAAGCGGUAAUGGGCAAGGAAGGGGGUUCAAAUGUACUGCAGGAAUAAUGGCAUCGGAAGCUGUUGCUCUUUUUCGAAGUUUUUAUGAACAGGGGAAUCCCAAUGCUCCAAAACCUCACAGGCCCCUUGUUAACCAUCAGGUGGACCAAUGAGAGGCUGUUGAAAUGAGGUUACUUUUGGUUAUGGUACCGUUCCUGUCAAAAUCGACAUUGACAAUGAGAAGAACUUUUGAAACGGCCAAGGCAAAUGGUGGAUGAAUUUCAAUCCCCAUUUAGUUCUUGUCUCAAACAAUGUCAGUGUUUGAGCUUGAAGAUGCCAACCUCGAGGUCAUGCUCUACCAAUUCUGUCCACUUAGGAACUGCUACCUUAACUAGUCCUAUAUGUUUAUAUUUAUUCAAAUGUUCUCUCAGAUUGUAACUAAAUCAUUUAUAUCGACUAUGAAUCAGUUUUCAUUAUCAAAUGUCUGCAAAUAGAUUUUGCUGGAAAAUUAAAUUGGUAGGGGGAGAGCAGUGAUUGAAAGGCCAGAGGAAAAACUUCCACCAAAUAUAGUGGCUUACAACUAGGGGAGAAACUAUUCUAUUAUUGUCCAAAUGCUGCUUGGUUGAAUUUUAUUUAAAUACUAUAGAGAACUUUACCACCCCUUUUGAACUUGAAUUAGUUUCAUUUAUGCAAAACUAUGGUGUGCCAAAACUCAAAUGAAAGGGGAAUAGGAAAUUCAGAUGGAAGUGUUUGCCUUUUUAGCUAAGGGGCAGAGCAAUUGGCUAAUUGUAAAGCUCGUGGAUUGUUUGUUGCACACACAUUUUUGGAUGGCGUGGGAACUUGCGUCGUGCUCUUUGGGGACUGAUUCAUUUUCCUCCAUCUGUAAGGUUUGUUUACAUUUUUCACUUUUUUGCAUGUCCUUCGAUUUGUUGUUAUAUUGAAUGGAAC